AUGAACGAGAAGGACAAGGUAUCGAAUAGCCUCCCUCCGCUCAGCCAUCUCAUGCCCAUGAACUCCAUGGGCAUGAAAAAUGAGAUCACCUCCGAAAAUGGCUCAUCAGUUGGAACCACAAACGGGAUGGUUCCGACGGCGAAACAUAGCUCCUCAGCUAGCACUCCUUUAACUUCUGUUCAUAAUAACAAUGACGAAUCCAAUAACGGAAACAUUGGUAGUCAUGCUAAUAGUUUCAACAACGCUAAUGGUAAAGCCAGCGGUAGUCCCAACUUUCAUACCGUUAGUGCCAACUAUCCCCCCGAGGAACCAAAGUAUUACUACAGUACCGAGUCGCAGGUCGCCUCCCAAGUUGCGUCCCAGUUGAUGGCGGUUCCCCAAAUGCCCGGACAAUUAUAUCCACAAGGUAUGAGCACUCAGUUUGUGUAUCCGCAGAUGGUACCUGCUCCGCCACCUCCACCUCAACCUCCUCAGAUUGACCAGAAUAAGCUCUAUGAAAAAUGCUCCUGUAAAAAUAGUACCAAUCGAAUUCCAAGACCCCGCAACGCAUUUAUUCUAUUCCGGCAAAAGAACCAUCAGGCCCUUCUAGAGGAGGGAAAUGUUAUUAGAACAAACCCAGAGGUCUCCCGCGAGCUGGGACGUCGCUGGCGCAAUCUUUCUCCUGAGGAAAAAUCCUACUGGAAUAAAUCUGCUGAAGAAGAAAAGCGUCGUCAUGCCGAACGAUAUCCUGGUUACAAGUAUACUCCUCGUAGAUCUUCAAAGAAAAACUGUCCAUCAUGUAAAGCCAAGCAAGCCAUGAAAACGCACAGCCUCAACGUCCAAUCAUACUACGCUCAGUACCCUUCAGCAUCAACAGCUGUUCCAGUGCCCAUGUCUAACUCCCAGAAAAACAUGAACAAUCACACAGCCCAAAUGCAACAGUAUCAGCAAAUGCAUAUCCAAAGCAGUCCUCCCAUGCAGACUCAGUACCAACAGGUGAACACAAUGCAACACGGUAUGAUUCCUCAGUACCAACAAAUUCCAAGCACUCAAGGCCAUCAAUUUAUACAGCCUCAGCAGCAUCCUCAACCCCAGAUUCAUCCACAGUUCGAUGGCUCACAAUUUCCACAGACCUACAUGGUUGCAAUGCCUAAAGGAAACUCCAACGAAGCUGCACUUGCACAACAAUUGCCAGUAGUAGAGCAACCAACUCUAUUCUCUAAUGAUCGUACUGGUAGAUCUGGGACUUUGCGAAAGCUGGUAGCCACACCUUUGCCUGGAAUGAACGGGUCUACAAACCCUCAAAGCAUUGUAAGCAAUACAGUUGUACCUGAUUCGUACCAUCAAACACAAUUAGUUGCCAGUGGUCAAAAAGCACUUCCGUCGAUUAACAACCUUAAGAAUCCAAUAAGCUACAGUGAAGUUCAAUGA